AUGUCGGUUCUACGACUGUCAUGCCGUGCAGUGCGUCUUGCCAAGACGUUUCCAGCUUCCAUUCGCUCACUUUACACCAUCUCUCACAUAAAACCCAAUCGUCGAUUUGUUAAUGUAUCUUCGUUUCAACGACUUGCAUUCGAUAGCAAUAGCCAUUUUCAAACCUCUUUAUUUCCUGCGUCAUUCGCUGUUCACCACUUUAGUUCGUCUCGGUCUAAUAAAGACGCACAGAAGACGCAUGACGCCGUAGUAGACAAAAUCACGCUGCCAGACUCAUCGUUGAUUGGAUAUCAGGUGUAUUCGGCGCCAAUGUCACGUGCUGUGCGUCUCAUGAAAGCUGUAUCCGUCACUAGUUGCGUUCUCACGUCUAUUGGCAUGCCCGUGCUGUGCAUGGUAAGCGAGCAGGACACCUCUACAAUUGGCAAAUGGGCCAUGUGUGGCACUAUCAUGCUGUUCGGUUUGGGCAGUACAUCGCUGUUCCAUUAUCUUUUCAAGCCCUACGUGAUGAGAAUGUGGUUGGCAGACUCGUUAGCUGCUGACGGUACGGGAGGAGAAGCUAUAGACGACCCGAUGGUGACGGUCGAGACGGUGACUCUGUUUGCUCAACUGACGAAGAAUUCGUUCCGAUUGUCCGAGGUGUCUCCACCGGCCCAGACGAUGCACCCGAUGGUGUCGUUCCAGGCACGUGACCGACACUACUUCAUACACCCAGAGACAUUUGAAGAUCGAAACUUGCUGAAGAAGCUUGUUGGAGCGGGCAAGCGCAAGUAA